AUGAAUAUAGCUUAAUAUUUGUCGCGUGAAACAACAAUUAAUUCAGAAGAUAACACAAUUACAGCUGACCAAAAUGUUCAUUUACAAAAUUAAACCUAUUAUGAUGGGCAAAAUCUCUAUACUUCAAAUUAACAAACUGAUGAUUCUUUUGAAAUGCAAAUAUUGAGUAAUUAGCAUCCUGAAAAUGAAUGGAUAAAAAAAGAGCAAAAUAUUGUCAGCUAUCUGAAAUAAUUGGGUCUCAAGAUGAAAACUGAUCCCUUAGAAAAAUAGGAGCAUUUUUAUCAAAAACCUAUGAGGCGUCCAAAUAAAUCCAGUACCACAUAAUUAACUAGUACUUCAUAAGUUGAUCAAUCAAAUUUAGAAGAUGAUAAAGGUAAUGCUAUACUGCAAAAAAUCAGUAUAGAAAUGAAUUCAAUAAAAUAAAGACGAACACCAAAUACAACUCCUCAAAGUUCUCCAUUAAUUAUAAAUAAUUUAGAAUAACAGGAACCCAUAAAAAAAUAAAGAAUGUCAAUUUUUUAGAAAAUGUAAAAUCAGCCUUAAGAUGUAACUCCAGAUGAAGAAGAAAUCGAAAAUAAUAUCAUAAGAAAUUAGAAAUGCAUAGAAGAUUAAAACAAUGAUCUUGACAAAAGCGAUUCAAGCAGUAGUAAAAGUGACACAGAAUAAAAUUAUUUCUAAAAUUUGUGUGGAUGA